AUGAAGCCGCUCUUUACUGCAGUGAUUGCCGGAGUCAACUACCUCCUUCACCCCGAGAUUCUGGGCUUGAUUGAAGAAGAUAUCAACCCAGAUGCCGUUCUCCCCGUCACGCUCAUCAGCACCGAAGAGCUCAACAGCCCCAACCUUGAUGAUUUUCUCAAGGGUCUCGAGCUCUUUGACGAUGUUUACUCGAGCGAAUUCGCCUUUGCAUUGGUAGAGAAGCCAGGUGCCAACGAGACAAGUCACGCCAGACGGUCAUCUGUGGCCGGCAAACACACCUACACUGUGCAGGUCACCGACAGCCGCCCCAACGCGCGCGCCAAGGCGUCGGCCUUGUCCACCCUGCCCACGGGACCGUAUAUUCUGCACGGCAAGGAGCUUCACCAAGCGUACAGAAUAUACGAAGAUGAGCUGCGUGCUUUUUCAGCAGGCAUCGUGCCUGAAAAGCAUGACGCCUUUGACCGUUUCGUUGAUCUCGGUGAUGCGCUUCAAAAUGGAACCCAUCGGCCUAUUGCUGUACCGUCGCGGCUGUACUUUUCGGGUCCGUCCAUCAAAAAGCCGCUCUCUGGCCUUCGCUACGCCGUCCCGGAAGACUUUGAUGUGAGCGGUCUGAAGACCACUCUGUCCAGCCAAAAUUGGACGUCUCUCCAUUCAGAGGCUGCCUCCAAACACGCAGACUACGUUCAGUUGCUUCUAGACCAGGGCGCAAUUAUUGUGGGAAAGACAAAAGAUGGGCAGUUUGCCGAGGGCACGUCGUGGGUGGACGCGACGGCGCCUGUCAACCCUCGCGGCGAUGGAAAGCAGCCUGUUGGCGGCGCGGCCGCUGGCGCAGGCUCUGCUCUCAGCAACUACACCUGGCUGGAUAACUCCAUCAGUCAAGGAGCACUCGACGGCACACUGGCCCAAGCCGCUGCGUUUGGCUUGUUUACACUGCGCGUUACCGCUGAAACCGCCUCGCAGCAGGGAGUGCGCGUGAGCUCUCUAAAAUUUCAGUCGACAGGAAUUUCGAGUCGCAGUCUAGAAGAUCUUGCGCAUCUGAUUGCACCGUCAUUCAAGCUUCCAUGGCAAGCGACCGCUAGGCCGCAGCGCAUCGUCUAUCCCACCGACUUUGCUCCCCUCCUCUCCAAGAAACAGCAAGAUCUAAUGGGCGAGUUUGUCGCUGCCUGGGAAAAGGCUCUCGGCAUCAAGGCGGACAAUAUUAGUCUGGUAGAUGCCUGGGCCAAGAACCCGCCGUCGGAAGCCGGCAAGCAGACGCUGCAUGAUUAUCUUGGCCACGCCGCGUAUUACUCUUUUUGCCACGACUUUUACCACAACUAUGACGAGUUCCGAUCUGCCUUCAAGACCAAGUUUGGCGAGGCGCCUUACCUCGAGCCGAACGUGGCAGAAGAAUGGGCUAUUGGCGCAAAGACGGACGGCCGGGCAGCGGCGAAGAGGCUUGCGGUCUUUUCUGCCUGGUUCGACAAGAACAUUGUGCCUACCACCGCAGAUGCCCUUGCCAAGGCCGCCGUCAUUGUUCCUGUCCUUGGACAAACCUCUUUGAAAUUUGACUCAGACAAGGGACUUGAUCCCAAUAUUCUCGCAGCCCUUCUAGGUACCCCGCAGAUGUCGGCACCAUUUGCGCAACUUGCCAUUGAGACUGGUGAAAACGCUUACGUGCCCUUCUCCGCUGGGGUUAUCGGCGCCAAGGGUGACGACGUCAUGCUCGUCCAGGCCAUGAAGCGCACAUUCGACAUGGCCGGAUGGCGCGUCCACGUUGACGCGGGACGUUUGACGUAUCCUGUGGGAACCAACUCCCGAGGCGUGGACGAUCAUUACCGGGAUCCAUUUCCACCGGCUCUUCCGGGCGGAGUCUCGUCUACAAUCGGGGGCGAAGAGGUCAAGGAGCUGUAA